AUGCCGAUCGAACAGCAAAGAAACAUCACCAUGGCGGAUGAGAAGGCUCAGAGACUAUCAGAGUCCAGCGUUUCGAAGGAAGAAGCCGGUAUGGUAACUGAUGUCAUUGACAAGAAGGCUGAGAGCAAUUACGUGAUGGUGGGAUGGGGUGCGAUGGCCCUCCUCCAAUGUGCAGCACACAACUUCGCUGGAAUGCUCGUUAUACGCAUUCUGCUUGGUGCUUUUGAAGCCGGAUUCUUCGCAGGCGUUGUCUUCUACCUCACCUUGUUCUACACGCGUGGCGAACUCGGCUUUCGCAUUGCGCUUUUCUUCGGUAGUGCACUUCUCGCGGGGGCUUUCAGUGGUCUAAUCUCCUUUGGAGUCUUCCAGAUUGACCAUGCUCAGAUCCCAGGCUGGAAGUUUCUCUUCAUCAUCGAGGGAGCACUUACGGUGGUGCUCGCUCUGAUAGCAUACGCUUGGUUACCGGCAGCCCCUCAAUCAGCCUGGUUCUUGACUGAUGCUGAACGUACGGUGGCUGAACGUCGCACACUGCGCGACCUGUCUUCAUCCGGUUCUCACGAAUUCAACAUGCAAGAGUGUUUCAAAGAGUGGAACACGUGGAAGAUGUUUCCCUGGUGUGUCGUCGCUUUCACCUACCCUGUCGCUUUCAGCACAACGUCGAACUUUUUGCCUCAGAUUGUCCAGCGACUAGGAUACUCUGUCGUCAAAACUAAUCUCUGGACCGUGGCGCCCAAUGCUGUGGGAUUCGUUAUCUUGCUCUGUAUAACUUAUAGCAGUGAUUACUUCCGGGAACGCACUUUCCACAUCUGUGGCGCUCUGUGCAUCUCUCUCGUCGGACUCGCCAUCCUCGCCACGGUCGAUGUUCUCGGCAAUAAAGCCGUCGCAUACUUCGCCUGCUUCUUGCUUUGCGCGGGGGCAUACGUCCCUUCUUGUCUUGUGCACUCGUGGCAUAACAACAACAACCUCAACGAGAAUGCUCGCGCUGCGACAACGGGUCUCAUGGUUGGGCUCGGAAACCUUGGGGGUAUUGUUUCCGCCGCGACCUUUAGACAAGAGUACGCACCCAAGUAUUUGCCAACGCUGUAUGCAACGGCGGCAUGCAAUGUUACGUGUAUUUGCUUUACAUUGUGGCUAGGCGGGUGGAUGAAGCUCGAGAAUCGAAGGAGGAACAAAUCGCAGGGUGUUGUGCUCAGAGCCGAGGACGUCAAGACAAGUGAGCUGGGCGAUGGAGAAGAUAGUGAGAGGUGGAGAUACUUUACUUAG